AUGGGCUUCUAUGGUUGGGCUGAGGCAAGUCAAAAACAAAAGUCAUGGGCUCUAUUGUCUCAUUUAUCUAGUUUUGUUGAUGGGCCUUGGUGUUGUAUAGGGGACUUCAAUGCCAUUUUAUUUUCCUCUGAAAAGCAGAGCGUGCACCCACCACCAUACAAGCAAAUGGAAGAGUUUGGUUCGGCCUUAGACUCUUGUAACUUGCUUGAUCUGGGCUUUCAUGGUUAUCCAUUAACAUGGAACAAUAAAUGCCCAGGGAUUGCUAAUACGAGGGAGCGACUAGAUCGGGUUGUUGCUAACACGGCAUGGAGAGAAAAAUUCCCAGCAAGUACAAUUUGUCAUUUGUUUUCUCAUGCUUCAGAUCACCGCCCUAUUUUGCUACAAACUAGAACUAACAGGGGAGUGCGAGCAAAAGGCACACAUGGGUUUAAGUUUGAGGUGGCGUGGCUUUUGGAUGAAGAAUGUGAAGGGAAGGUGAAUGAGGGGUGGAAUGAGAGGGGAGGGGCAGCAGGUUCGGCCUUGGCUAGAGUCAAAGAAAAAAUAGUAAAAUGUGGGGAAGAAUUGUUUACGUGGGGCUCGUCCAAAACUGAUCCGGAUAUUGAAGAAAUUAAAAGGCUUCAAAGGAGGGUAGAGAGCCUAAGUGUUUGUGAACCGACUGAAGAAACAAGGGCAGAAUUUUUAGAGGCUAGCAAGAACCUUGAUGCUUUGCUACGUGGCAGCAACCAAAUAGAGGAGUGCCUUGACACAGUGCACUGUAAAGUGACCACAGAUAUGAUAGAAUUUUUGUCCAGUGAUUAUAGUGCAGAAGAGAUCAAAGCAGCGGUGUUUCAGAUGGGACCAACAAAGGCUCCUGGCCCAGAUGGUAUGAAUGCUUUAUUUUAUCAAAAAUUCUGGCAUAUUGUUGGUGAUGACGUGAUAGCUGCUGUGUUGAAUUUUCUGAAUUCUGGUAUAAUGUUGCCUGAGAUUAAUUAUACUCAUAUUGUUCUUAUAUCGAAAAUUAAGUCACCAGAGAGAAUCUCGGAUUUUAGGCCUAUAAGCCUCUGUAAUGUAAUUUAUAAAAUCAUUUCAAAGGUCUUGGCCUACAGAUUAAAAUCGAUUCUCCCUAGCUUGAUUUCCCCAUCCCAAAGUGCUUUUGUUCCUAGGCGGUUGAUCACUGAUAAUGUCCUAGUUGCAUAUGAAACCUUACAUGCUAUGCAUAGUAGGAGAUCGGGUAAAAGGGGCUAUAUGGCAUUAAAAUUGGAUGUUAGCAAAGCAUAUGAUAGGGUUGAAUGGAGCUUCCUGAAGGGUAUUAUGUCUAAGUUGGGUUUGCCUGGGUGUUGGAUUGAUAGGGUGAUGAGCUGUGUGACAUCCACCUCUUUUUCUGUUCGUAUUAAUGGAAAGGCCUAUGGUAAUAUUCGUCCAUCUCGUGGGCUCCGUCAAGGAGACCCUUUAUCACCUUAUCUAUUUCUGUUGUGUGCAGAAGGGUUCUCUUCUAUGCUAGCCAGAGCACAGGAGGAAGGGAGGCUCCAUGGGGUGGCAGUUUGCAGAAGAGCACCUUGCAUAUCCCAUCUAUUAUUUGUAGAUGACUCGCUUAUAUUCUGUAAGGCGAGCCAAGAGGAGGUGCAGGUUAUUUCAGAAGUGCUACAGACAUGUGCUGCUUCAUCAGGGCAAUGUAUCAAUUUUGAGAAAUCCUCGGUUUACUUUAGUAGCAAUACCACAUUGGGAGAUAGGGAGAGAAUUAAGGAGACAAUGGGGGUGAAGGAGGUGGAGAGGUUUGAAUCCUACUUGGGUUUACCUACACUGGUUGGCCGUGCCAAAUACCAAACCUUUUCCAUUCUUAAGGAUAGGGUUUGGAAAAAAAUUCAGGGUUGGAAGGGACAAUUAUUGUCAAGAGCUAGGAAGGAAAUUCUGAUAAAAGUCGUGGCACAAGCUAUACCUACAUACACCGUGGGGGUAUUCCAGCUACCAGUGAAACUUUGUGAUGAGCUCAAUGCUGUGUGUGCAAGGUUUUGGUGGGGACGAAUGAGCAAUGAGAGGAAAAUCCAUUGGAAAAGUUGGAAUGUGUUAACUCAAGCUAAGAAGGAUGGCGGUAUGGGUUUUCGUGAUUUAAGAAAUUUUCAACCUUGCAAUGCUGGCCAAACAAGGAUGGAGAAUGGAGUGUAUUCGGUUAAGUCUGGUUACUACAUUGCAAGUGGCCUAUCAAGGGAAAGGGAUGGUAUGGAGGAGAGCUCAGGCAUGAGAAAUAGGGGACUUAUAUGGCCUAGACUGUGGAAGCUUAAAUUACCAAGUAAAAUAAAGGUAUUUGGGUGGAGGGCUUGUCAAGAAAUCUUGCCUACAAAGGGGAAUCUGGCUCGCAGAAGAAUCAUUGAGGAUGGGAGGUGCGAAGUUUGUAAACAAGAAACAGAGACGGUGAUGCAUGCUCUGUGGGACUGCGGAGUAGCGCGUGACAUGUGGGCUGGGUGUCAGGGAAGGAUACAAAAAAGGGUGGGAGGCCAAGCGGAUUUCAUCAAUUUAUUUGAGGAGAUGAUGGACAAGUUGGAGGUGGAGGAGCUCGAGCUGUUCCUGGUGCAAUGCUGGGUUAUCUGGGGUCAAAGGAACUCGAUGAUACACGAGGGGAUGCUUCAGGAACCGUCUCGGUUGGUCAAGCGUGCAAUAGACGUGUUACAGGAAUACCGUGGUACAAGGGAGCUUUUGGCUAUCCACAGUAGCGCUGGACUGGUGCAGAAGUGGGAACCGCCGGCUGGUUCAAGUUAG